AUGAAGCAGUCGCGGGCGGAGCUCCCUCCAGUCCCUGUUCAUCCAUGCGACAGACAGGCCGUGGCUGAGAUUAGCUCCUUGGGGCGGAGUCAUGCCUGGCAGAAGGCCUUGAACCGGCUCCAGGAAGCCAGCGCCAGCCCGGCCGGCGGUGCCUCCAUCGCGGCCUGGACCAGCUGCAUCAAAGCCUGCAAAGGCGAAGGGCGCUGGCCGAUUGCCAUAGGCUUGCACGAUGCCAUGAUGCGCAGCUUCAUCGAGCCCAGUGUCGUCAGCUAUGGAAGUACUGUCUCAGCUCUUGCUGCUGACACGCAGUGGGAGUGGGCGCUGAAGGCAUUGGAAGACAUGGAGAGCCGUUUUCUUCAGCCGAACUUGGUGGUGUUGAACUCUGCAAUCCGCUCAUGCGGCGAGUGGAAUGUCGCACUGGCACUACUCGAUGACCUCCAGCAGAAGUUGCUUGAAGCCGAUGUGAUAAGCUUCAAUGCUGCCAUCGCCGCUUGCGUUCACAACUGGGAGGUGGGGGUCGAAAUACUUCAGCAGAUGCAUGAGGCCUUCAUUUUGCAGGAUGUGGUGACCUCCACUGGCGUCAUCAAGGCCUGUGGCAGCAGCAUCCAAUGGCAGGUGGCCUUGGAAGUGCUCAACGCGACGUCUCGGAAAGGCCUUCGACUCGACGUUCUGUGCUUCAACUGCGUCCUGAAUGCAUGCGAAGCUGCAAGCAGGUGGGUCUCCGCUCUGCAGCUGAUCGGAGCAGCCUCCAUGGAGCUUCGCCCCGACGAUGUGACGUUGGGGACUGCCACCUCCGCAUGUGGCAAAGCCGGACGCUGGGAACACGCUCUGCUGCUUUCUCUGUCUCUACAUGCUGGGCAGAGGAGCGUGUUUUCGCAGACGGCAGCAGUGUCAGCAUUGGCGAAAGCGGGGCGAUGGGCUCUGGCUCUGAGCAGUUUGGAAAACAUGCGGCAGUUAUCUACACCGCCCAACCAUGUGACCGUCGGUGCAGUGAUUUCAGCGUUUGCCAAUGCGGCCUGUUGGGAUCGAGCUUUGUCUAUGCUUUGGGAGAGCAGGCAUACGCUUCCGCUCACUGUGGGCUGUUUCAAUGCUGCCAUGCAAGCAUGUCACCUCGCCGGCCAGUGGCAGCAUGCCCUCCAGGUCUUGUGUCAGAUGGAACCACUUACACCGGACAUCACCAGCCAGAACAUUGCAAUGAAUGCCUGCGGUCUCCAGUCGCAGUGGCAGCGCGUCAUCGACAUGCUGGAGGACUGCCGCCGCCGAGAGCUCCAAGCGGACGAGCUGACGCACCGAGCGGUGCUGACCGCCUGCAGCGCGGCCACGCAGUGGAGCCAAUGCUUGAGAGCUCUGGCUGAGCGGCCCAUCGGUUUGGUCUCUCACACCAUCGGCAUCGACUCUUUGCGGGCGGAGGCGGAGGGCUGGGCCCUGGCUCUGGCGCUCCUUCAGGACGUGGAGCUCGCAGGUUUGGAGUGUGACACCAUCAUCUGCAACGCCGCCAUCAACGCCUGUGCCGGUUCGGGGCAAUGGGAAGCCGGCCUGGCCCUGAUGGCACGGAUGUAUCGGGAACGGAUCGAGCAGAGCGUCGCGACCCACACCUCUGUUUUGAUGGCAUCUGCCGUCGCUGCUCUCUGGGAUGUGGCACUGAUGCUUCUCGGAGAUGUGCGGUCGAGAUCGGCAUCGACCUUGCAGAUCACCUGCAGCUCGGCAAUGAGUGCAUGUGAGAAGGGCAUGCAAUGGGAGCAUGCCUUGGCCCUGUUCUACGACUUGGCGCAAAGCAAUUUGAGAGCCGACGCCAUCUGCUACAACGCAGCCAUCGAGGCUUGCUCUGCUGCUGAAGAAUGGACCCUCGUCAGCGAGCUCAUGCGAGCGUCCCUGCAGUCUACUCACAGCUUCACCAUUGCAGCCUAUGAUCACGCAGUUCAAGCAGGAAGUUCGGUGGAUUGCUUCAAGCAUAUCGUUCUCAUUUGCCUACUGCAGCGCAUGGUCAGAGAUGGCGACCCCUUCCUGUUGAUCGACACGCACGCUGGCAGAGGUCUUUACGACCUCACUCGGGAGGUGCCCAUGCAGAGGAACGCCUCCAAAUGGGGAGUUCAGCAACUGGCAGAAGCUGCAUCUGCCUCCGAUGCUCUUGUGGAUGCUUUUGUCCGCGCACAGCGUGGCUCUCUGGAUCGUGACUUCCAGCCUCUUCCUCUUCGUUUCUACUUGGGAUCCCCGGCCAUUGCGCUGCAGUGGCUUCGGCCGCAAGACCGCGGCUCCCAGCGCAAGAUGCAAUGGGAUUCCGUGCCUUUGGACGUGCGUGAUUCCUCGGACGAUCUCAUCAUUGACCGUGAGGAUGAGGACAAUCCCCCGGACGAGCUCGAUGACGAAAUCGGCCCUGUUGUCCCUCUUCAUCCGCCUAAACCUUCCGCGAUCGGUGAUCUGCGAGGGGAGGCUGACGGCCCUCGCCCCGCACGCCACCUACUGCCCUUGGAAAAGGAUGAGGCGGCAAUACCGUCAUUCGUUGCAGCACCAGAAACAGAGGAGGCAUCCGGGUAUGUCAAAGAAACAAGGAUGGAUGUAUUAGACAAGUGGCCUCCACCUCCACGACAGGAUGGAGAUGCUGAUCUGCCCGCUGGACCAGUGCCGAGUGUCAAGGUGUAUGCCGAACACCGGUAUGCGGAUGCUGAGAAGGCAAACGAAUCUUGGUCUGAGCUACUUCGCCAACACGAGGAGGCGAAAGAGGAAGCGACAGCUAAGCCCACGUUCGAGGUUCACUUGAAAGAAGAUGCUGCCGAGCAAGAUGACCAAGACUCCUCCGGAGAGCUGUACAACAGCCCCAAUGCUGACAACGUCAUCCCGCCAGAGCUUCGAACAGGGCUUGAGCGCUAG